GGAGCGCAGCAGUGCCGCUCCGGUUCGGUUCAGUUUGGUCCAAGGGGAGGAGAGACGCGCUGAAAAACCCGACCCCCCCUUAAUGCUUCUUCCUCCCCCCCGGUCUGGACGGGACUUCUCUCUCUCUCCUUCUCCUUCUUUCCACACAAACCAAAAACCAGUCGUGGCACGAACUCCGCGCUGCGCCCUGGGAUCCGUCUGGCUGCUCCAUGAGAGAAGAGAUGUCCGCCACCGUCCUGUCCGCCUUCUACGACAUGGACAUGUUCUACAAGCAGGAUAAAGGAGUGAACAUGAACGCGCUCCACAUCAACAGCCUGCUGGACCAGAAGGCGGUGGGCGCGCCCCUGGCGGCCCCGGGUUCGGGGGGCCCCGGGGGCCCCUGCGGCGGCUCCGGGGGCCCCGCGGGCGGCGGCUUCGCGCCGGGCUUCUUCCGCAGGAAUUCCAGCAGCAGCAGCAGCAGCGGCGGCGGCUGCGUGGACAACAACAAGUACGCGCUGGGCUCGUACUCCAGCAUGAAGGAGAACAGCAUGAACAAGGAGAACCGCUUCUUCCGGGAGCGCGCCUACAGCGAGAGUGCGGAGCGCGGCGUGCUGCAGGCGCAGAAACCCGGCGGUGGGGGCGGAGGAGGCGGGGGCGCGCAGAUCAACUCCACCCGCUACAAGACGGAGCUGUGCCGGCCCUUCGAGGAGAACGGAGCCUGCAAGUACGGCGAGAAGUGCCAGUUCGCUCACGGCUACCACGAGCUGCGCAGCCUCAGCCGCCACCCCAAGUACAAGACGGAGCCGUGCCGCACCUUCCACACCAUCGGCUUCUGCCCGUACGGGCCACGCUGUCACUUCAUCCACAACGCGGACGAGCGGCGGCCCGCGCCUGCGCAGGGGGCCGCCAACGGGGCCAACAACGCGGAGCCGCGCGGCUUUACGCAGCGGGACACGCUCCUCCCGCCGCAGCUGGGUUACGCGGCGCAGCAGCGGCCCAAGCUGCACCACAGCCUCAGCUUCUCCGGCUUCUCCUCUGCGCACCACGGGCUGGACAGCCCCACGUCGCGCACGCCCCCCCCUCCCACGGCCACGCCGGGCUCCUCCUCCUGCACCACCGCGUCCAGCUUCUACGAGGAGGUUCUGGCGCACAGCUCCGUGUCCUGCAUCCACAGCGCCUUCUCCUCCUCCUUCCCGGGCCAGGACCUGAAGGCCCUGCUGGCGCCGCUGGCCGUGCACGCGGCCGGAUCCGGCACCGGCGACUCCGUCGGGCACUACGGGAGCGCGCAGCUGCCCGGCCCCGGCACCGGCACCUACAACAUGGCGCACCUGGCGGCACUGCGGCGCCUCAGCGAGUCCCCGCCGGUGUUCUCCUCCCCGGUGUUCUCGCCGCCGCCCAGCCCGCCGGACUCCCUCUCCGACCGGGACAGCUGCGCCAGCGGCUGCUCCUCGCUCGGCUCCUCGGGGAGCCUGAGCGGCUCCGAGUCCCCGGGCCUGGACGCCGGCCGCCGGCUGCCCAUCUUCAGCCGCCUCUCCAUCUCCGACGACUGAGAUGAGACUCGGAUUCUUGUUUUUUUUUACGCACGGAUUAUGGACCCACAUGUGCCUCUGAGGCCCCGUUUACACGUAGCAAAAACUGUGGUGUUUUCAUGCGUUUUGGCCGUUCGUUUACACAAAAACGAAGCUCAAAAGUCACCAAAAACCAUCAGUUCUAAAAACUCCGGCCAAAGUGGAGAUUUGCAAAACCUACGUCUUCACGUUUGCUUGUAAACAGAGGGAAACGGACAUUUAGGCUUCAGAAACGUCACCAGCGUCAUGUGUGCGACCUGUGUUUACAAUUUGUUUGGCCACCGUCAAUAUUUUCUUGUUUUAUAUUCUAAAGUAACUCCACUUCUCUGUCACUCCAAACGAAAUUUCCAUCUUGGAAGUAACUGGAAGUUACUCGUGUCAUUUGUUGACGUUUUUUCCAGGAUUCCGAUUGGCUAGCAUGACUUUAUCUUCUCGUUACACUGCCCCCUGUAGGUCUGGCUGCUCAUUGCAGCAGCGUAUUUAUGCAGGUUCGUGUAAAUGAUGGUAUUUUUUCAAAACGUAGAGGGGGAAAUAUCCGUUUUUGUAAAUACUAUGUGUAAACGUGGCCUGAGCAAGACUUUUUUUGAAUCCACACCAGCUUGAGGGGUCACACCCCCCCCUGGUGGGGGGGGCGCACCCAAGGGUGGGGGGCACCAAACCCACCCAAGAGGAUCAGUUAAGCUUCAUCCAGUUUCCAGCAUCCUUUGAUCUGGCAUUAGUCUAGUUUUGUUUUGUUUUUUUUGUUUUCUUCGUAUGUAAUAUAGCUGUAUUAAAACUUUUAGAUAGCAAACAGAAGGCAUUCCAUCAGUGCCUUGCCCAAGGGCUCGCGGCAGCCCCCUCUCUUUCUCUCUUUCUUUCUCUCUCUCUCUCUUGCUGGGAUUGUUGCACCGUGACUUGACAAGAAGAGACUGAGCGGUUUCAGAUUUCCUCCCAUCCUGCCAAGAAUAUGCCUUGACUUACAGUAACAUUUCUCUCUCCUCCUCUUCCUCCCUCCUUCCUCUUUCUUCUUCUUCUUCUUCACCUUCCAUUCCAGAUCUGCCUUCGCCCAGCGCCACCCGGUGGUCGGUUCGGUUAGUCUCGUUUGUUGCUUGGUUUCAAAAGCACUCUGGAGUUGGGUUCGUUUUGGGGAAAUCACUGCUGAUGGUUGAAUAUAUAUUUUUUUAGCUGUUUUUGAGUGAUUUUGCAUAGCGGUGCAUAACUGGCUAUGGACUAUUUAACUUAUUUAUUAUCUUGUGAAAAAAAAAAGUAUAGGCUACAUUGGUAAUUUUUGUGUCCAUACUGUAUUUAUCAAGUAUGAUGAAGCAAUAGAUCUAUAUUCUUUUAUGUUUAAAUUAUGAUCGCCAUUAUUAAUCUGCAUAAAGUGGAGUGUAUGUUCUUUUCACAGUAAUAUAUAUAUUGUUUUUUUUUUCUUCUUUGUUUUUUUUGUAACUUCACUCGGUUAUUUUUAUUGUAAAUGAGUUAAAAAAAAAUCUUAAUUUAAGAGAACGUAUGUGAUAUUUAUUUCAUUAAUUUGUUUCCUUGUUUACGUUUUUAUUAAAACAAAAGUUUGCGUGAUUGCGGUUGUGUCAGUGCUGUAGAAGAACCCCCUUCCUGUAGAAUGUAAACACAAAGGUUGUACACACCGUCCAAACCUUAUACUUCCUGUCGUAGAUCAGUGACAAAGAACCCAAGUCGAUAAAUUAACCAAAAAGUAUUUUUUUUGUUAUUUUUUGUUUUUAUCUCCUGUUUUUGCACGAGGUCACACUGUGAUUCCAGCCUUCGUGCUAACGAAUGUAGCAAAUCCUUCUGCGCCCCAGUAUUAUUGUCGUAGUGCCUAAUGGGGUUCACCAUCUUUACAUGCCUUAAAAAAUUAACCAAAUAAAGUAUUUUUCCUACAUGGCAUAUUUUUAUACACAAGUUGAACUGAAUGUAGUGUUUUGGAUCCUGAAACUCGGAGGUUGUUACCACUCAGACGCUCUGACAGAAGCAGCCGCGACCUUCGUCUAAGUCCCCAUUCCUCUGGUGUGCGUGUGCACGGAUGUGUGUGUAUGUGUGUGUGUGUGUGGUUGGGCGUGUGUUGUUUUCUUUCUUUUGUUUUUUUUAUAUUGAGAUCUAGUGGUGAGAGUUGCUGGAGCGGGAAGUGGACGAACACGUUUGGGUUGUACAUAGUCGGUACAGGGGGAUGCGCACUAUGUACUUUUGACUACUUUAUCAGAAGUAAAGCUUUUUGAAUGUAACAAACGGACAAAAAUAAGACAACGUGAGUUGAAAUAUUUCUUUGGGGAGUCAGUUCACUACAAAUUGAGUGUGUGACUGUUAACUUUGUACUGUACAUUUUUUUGUAGUUCUCCCAAUAAAAGUCAUUUUGGAAAAAAAAAAGUUUU